AUGAGCCUAGCUAGAAGGGCAAGAUCGGUGGUCACUUCCUUCGUCUAUACCCUAGGGUUCUCGGUGGCGAUCGAUCAGCUCCUGUGCGGGCGCGUCCAGGUCGAUAAGGCCGAUCUCCUCUACCUCAUCAAGCAAUGCGGCUACGAGCGCGCGCUGGGCAGCGGCCAGCGCCUCGCCGCCUACAUCGAUCGCGGCCUCUACCGCAGCGACCGGUACGUGCUCAAUCUCCUGGUGGACAUGUAUGGCAAGUGCUGCCAGAUCCGCGACGCGCGCCUCGUCUUCGAUCGCAUCGCGCCCAAGAACGAGUUCUCCUGGACCCAGAUCGUCAAGGCGUAUGCCCACAAUGGGCAUUUGCUCGAGGCCAUACUGUUCUUCCGCAAGUCCCUCCUGGAAGGCAUGGAUCCCUCCGACUACGCUUGCAGCAUCGUUAUCGGCGUGUGCUGCAGCCUGGGAUCGCUCCAGGAUGGGCGAUUCGUGCACGCGGUGGUGAGAGAUCGAGGCUACGAAUCCGAUCCCCACGUCGCGGCGGGAUUGAUCCACAUGUAUAGCAGCUGUGGAUGCAUGGACGAGGCGAGCACAGCCUUCCGGAGGACGAGCCACCGGGAUCGAUUCAUCUACACGGCGAUGAUCGGUGGAUUCGCGCAGGCCGGGCAGUGCCGCGAGGCGGUCGUCCUCUUCCGGGAGAUGGAUCUGGAUGGGAUCACCGGCGACAACAUCACGUUCGUGAGCGCGAUCGGGGCUUUCCAGGACUUGGGCGAUCCGCGGCAGUGCCGGGCGAUCCACGAGUGCGCUGCGCAGGCCGGGGUGGAGUCGGACUGCCUCGUCCAGACGGCGCUGCUCAACAUGUACUCGCAGUGUGGAUUCGCGGAGGAGGCGCUCCAGGUCUUCGGGGAGAUGGCGGAGAGAGACAGGGUGGCGUGGAGCUCCACCAUCGCGGCGUGCGCUCGCCACGGCUAUGGACGCCAGGCCAUGGAGCUCUUCCGCCGGAUGGAGCUCGAGGGGAUCAAGCCCGACAUCGUGGUGCUCUCCAGCCUCCUGGACGCGUGCUCCAGCGUCGAGGCGCUGGCCGAGGGGGCGAUGAUCCACGCCAGGAUCAUCGCCGGGGGCUUCCACCGCGACCGCAUCCUCGACGCCGCCAUCCUCAACAUGUACGCCAAGUGUGGCAGCGCCGCCAGCGCCAGGCGCGCCUUCGACGAGCAGUCCCCGGACGAUCCAGUCUCGUGGAACGUGAUGAUCGGGGCGUGCGCAAAGGCGGGCCUGGAUCUCGAGGCGAUCGAGAGCUACCGGCAGAUGCAAGCGCUCGGGAUAGAUCCCACGCCCGUCACCUUCAUCACUGUUCUAGCGGCGUGCAGCCACUCCGGCUUCCUGGCCGAGGCCAGGAUCCAGUUCCUGUCGAUGAUCCAGGACUUUGGGAUCGCUCCCGACGUGGAUUGCUACUGCUGCCUGGUGGAUCUGCUGGCCAGGACGGGGGAUCUGGAGGCCGGGGAGGAGCUCAUGCUCAGCAUGCCGUUUGAGCCGUUUGAGGCCGGGUGGACGAGCUUGCUGAGCGCUUGCGGCGUCCAUGGUGAUCGAGGCCGAGCCACGCGUAUCGCUGGAGCUGGAGCGAGCAUCGCCCCCGAGACGUCUGCGCAUUACGUGCUCCUCUCCAACAUGAAGAGGGAGGAAGAAUGUCUAUAA